UACAAAGUAACGAAUAGCGACCAGUCGCGGCUGAGAUGGCGCCGAGUGUGUUACGGACUAGCGUUUACAUAUUAUUAUUAUUUAUAAUAAACACGCUCGCAUCGCCGCCAUCGUCCAUUGAGGUCGUGAAUCGUGAAUGUAACUCGUUGGAGUGCGAAUAUGUUUUACAUGUUAGCGGUGUAAGUCAUUGGUCGUUGACCGAAGAGCCCGGUGUGAGCGGCGACGUGUGUACAAAGCAAACAUAUAUAUACCCUGUUGGUGUCCAAGUUGUUCGAGCACCAAAUACCAGGCUGUUCCUCUGUGGUGAGAACGACCACGGCUGGUUCUAUGAUGGAGUUAUUUUGGAUGGUGACGUCACCGCGCGGACGUCGGAAAACGAAAUCGAAGACAUACCGCGUGAUGAGGUAGAGGAAUUGGACGGGAGCUACCUCCAGCACUAUUACAGGGACCUCGCUGUCAAUAAACACAGAGAUGAGGUUGAGGAACUUGUGGACACGGUUGGAGACAGCAAGUAUGGUCGUAUCAAACGUCAAGCAGCAGAGGAAGCUGACAAGGAAGUAAUUGGAGAAGUUAAUGUGACGGAAGCAUCUAUUGUCGAGAAAGCUGCCCCAACUGCUGCGCCAUACGUCGGUCCUAUACGACUCAUGGGUCUGAGGAUAGAGGAAUCGGCUAAGGAACCCAAGAUAGUUGAUGGCAUGAUUCCUAGCGUUCUGCGCGAGACCCUGUUCAUGAUGAGACUAUUCGGUGAAGGCUUCACUAGUGACACUGUGAUCGCAUUUACCCAUGUCCCAGAGGAAUAUGGAAAGCCCUGCCAUUUCCUCCUCAGCGGAGAAUACAAGGUAAAAGAGGCGAGCUCUGAUUCCGCGCUUUUCGAAUUAUUAGCUCCCCCUCCGUUAGAGGACUACAAAUUCUAUAUAUGCACAAAAAAUUCGAGCAGCGCGGACUUCGUCCACCAGGGACAGGAGAAAUGGAAGAUUUUGGGGACACACAACAAACUUCUGCCUCUAUGGGCAUCCCUGAUCCUGAUUGUCAUUCUACUGAUGUUGGCAUCCCUGUUUUCUGGUCUGAACCUCGGUCUGAUGGCUCUCGAUAGGACUGAGUUGAAGAUCAUCGCCAAUACCGGAACUGAUAAGGAGAGGAAAUACGCCAGGGCCAUUAUGCCAGUUAGAGCUCAUGGCAACUAUCUUCUAUGCACCAUUUUGUUAAGUAACGUAGCCGUUAAUAGUACGUUCACUGUUAUUUUGGACGACCUGACCUCUGGCCUUGUCGCUGUUAUCGGUUCAACCUUGGCUAUUGUGUUUAUUGCUGAGAUCACACCUCAGGCCAUCUGCGCUAGACACGGUCUGCUGAUAGGUGCGAAGAGUAUUUGGAUCAUGAAGAUCGUUAUGGGCAUCUGCGCUCCCCUGGCUUGGCCCACGAGCAAGCUCCUGGAUUACUUCCUUGGUGAAGAGAUUGGUACGCAUUAUAACAGAGAAAGGUUGAAGGAACUCGUCAAAAUCACCAACCACGUGAACGACCUUGAUAAGGAAGAGGUGAAUAUUAUAUCUGGAGCCCUGGACCUCCGCAAGAAGACCGUCAGGGACGUCAUGACUAAGCUGAAAGACUGCUACAUGCUGCCCAUCAACAGCGUGCUGGACUUUGAGACUAUGACCGAGAUCGUCAAGUCUGGUUACUCCCGUAUCCCGGUAUACGAGGGCUCCCGCACCAACAUCGUGACCGUGCUCUUCAUCAAGGACCUGGCGUUCGUCGACCCUGAUGACAACACUCCUCUGAGAACCCUCUGCCAGUAUUACCAGAACCCCUGCAACUUCGUCUUCGAGGACGCCACGCUGGAUAUCAUGCUGAAGCAGUUCAAAGAAGGCCACAAAGGUCAUAUGGCGUUCGUCCAGCGGAUCGAGGAGGGCGACGGCGACCCGGUGUACGAGACCGUCGGUCUGGUGACGCUCGAGGACGUCAUCGAGGAGAUGAUCCAGGCUGAGAUCGUUGAUGAGAGCGAUGUUAUAAGUGACAAUCGCACCAAGAAGCGCCUCCUCCGCCCCAUGAACAAGCUGCACGACAUCGCAGCGUUCGCCGGCCACCAGCACCAGCGAGUGCACGUCUCCCCACAACUUAUCCUCGCCACCUUCCAGUUUCUCAGCACCAGUGUUGAUCCCUUCCGGGCUGAUAUGAUAUCUGAGAACGUCCUGCGUCGCCUGCUGAAGCAGGACGUCAUCCAACACGUGAAGCUGAGGGGUGAUGAGGAUAAGAACGACCCCAAGAGAUACGUCUUCCAAGAGGGGAAACCGGUGGACUACUUCGUACUGAUCCUCGAGGGGCGAGUGGAGGUGACGGUCGGCCGAGAGAACCUCAUGUUCGAGGCCGGACCCUUCACGUACUUCGGAGUGCAGGCGCUCACGCAGAACGUGGGAGUCGCCGAGUCUCCAGCCCCCUCGACCCUGGGGUCUCUCCAGAACCUGAACAUGGAUUCCAUGUUGGGUCACACCUUCGUCCCGGACUACUCCGUGCGAGCUAUCGCCGAGGUCUACUACUUGACCAUUAAGAGAUCCAUGUAUCUGGCUGCGAAACGCGCGACCCUCAUGGAGAAAGGCGCCCUCAACAAGGGAGGAACCAACGAGCAGAUAGAACCCGAAGUAGACAAGCUUCUGCGCGAAGGUGACGGCCACAAGCUGGAAGAAAUAGUCGAGAACGAAAAAGAAAACUCUAUAGUUAAACAGUUCAACCCUACAUCGGCAAGCCCAUUCACGAAUUCCACCUUCAAGUCAUACGACAAAGGGGAUAAUCCUGAAGAGGAGAAGCUUUUAAAGAAAUGACAAGUCCGAUGACAAUUCAGCGGUGAAAGUUUAAAUUACAACUGAACAUUUUUCCCGUAUUUAAUAAAAGCAUUUUUCUUUAACAUAGCUUUAGGAUAGUAAUAGUUGUGAAGUACUUACUUGUAUGACUAGAGGGACGUUUUUGUGUCUUAGAAUCACAAUUAAUUUAAUAAGUUUAUACAAAUAUUGAAUUUUUACUAAAUAUAUAUAUAUAUUUUACCUUUUUAUCCAUUGUCGUCCAAUUAGUGUGACUAUAUUUUUAUACUGUUGUAUCCUUAGUAUGAGUUUUUAAACUAUCGCAGUUGCGUUCUACGUUAUCAACAACCAGGGAAUCGAUAGUUUUAACUGCGGAACUCAUAGUAAGGACGUUGUAUCCAGUCGUGCCUUAACCACCGGUGCUUUAUACAUUAUAUUAAAUGUUCCCGUGUAUUUCAGACGUAAUAUUAAAGCAAGGAGAUUUUAAAUAAAUGUAUUGUGCAAUGUAA